AUGGAAGGUCUUGAGCAAGAGAAUCAGGUCCUCCGUGCCGAAGUGACAUCUUUGAAGACCAAGAUAGAGGAAUUGGAGUCUAUGAAGACCAAGAUGGAUGAGUUGUCUGAAUUGGUAAAAGUGCUAUCAACUGCACAAAGUCAACCACCACCUCCUCCUCCCUUCAGCACUCAGGCCGAAGCAUCUUCCUCUGCUAUCCCUGAUUGGACAAUAUGUGCUGACACUCCGACACACUCUGCUCCACAACGUUCCACGCGUUGGUUUCAACCUUUUACUGCUGGUGAAAUAUUCCGUCCCAUUGCCUGUGAAGCUCAGAUGCCUACUCAUCAGUAUAUGGCUCGUGUUCCCCCUGUAAAGGUCCCUCCAGUCGCUAUGACCUACUCAGCACCUGUGAUGCAUACUAUUCCACAAAAUGAAGAACCCAUCUUCCAUUCAGGGAACAUGGAGGCCUAUGAUGGAGUGAGUAACUUACGAGAAAAGUAUGAUGAACUGCAACGAGACGUGAAAGCUCUCCGGGGAAAAGGGAAAUUUGGGAAGACUGCUUACGAUCUCUGUUUGGUGCCGAAUGUUCAGAUACCUCACAAAUUCAAGAUUCCAGAUUUCGAGAAGUAUAAAGGGAACUCCUGCCCUGAGGAGCAUCUAAAAAUGUACGUGAGAAGGAUGUCCGCAUAUGCCCGGGACGAUCAGGUCCUUAUUUAUUACUUCCAAGAGAGUUUGGCUGGUCCUGCCUCAAAAUGGUACACAAAUCUAGACAAAAUGGAAAUCCAAACUUUUCGUGAUCUAUGUGAAGCUUUUGUGGAACAGUACAAUUAUAAUAUGGAUAUGGCUCUAGACAGAAGCGAUCUUCAGGCUAUGACCCAGGGAGACAAGGAAACAUUCAAAGAGUAUGCCCAGCGAUGGAGAGAUACCGCUGCCCAAGUUAGCCCACGUAUAGAAGAGAAGGAGAUGACCAAGAUCUUCUUAAAAACUCUCAAUCAGUUCUACUACGAGAAGAUGGUCGGAAGUACGCCCAAGAACUUUGUUGAGAUGGUUGGUAUGGGCGUGCAGUUGGAAGAAGGAGUCCGAGAAGGACGAUUAGUUAAAGAUGGAGCUUCCGACAGUGGAGCCAAGAAAUUUGGGAACAACUUCCCAAGAAAGAAAGCACCAGAGGUCGGUAUGGUGGCCCAUGGGAGGCCUCUGCAAAAUUAUCCAGCCUAUCAACAUGUUGCCGCCAUUACGCCCGCUACCAAUGCUAUUCAACAACCGGGUUAUCAGCCGCAGUUCCAACAGUAUCCUCAGCAACUGUAUCAGCAACAACAACCUCGACCACAAGCUCAAAGGACACAAUUUGACCCGAUCCCUAUGAAAUAUGCGGAUUUGCUCCCAUCAUUGCUAGAGAAGAAUUUGGUCCAGACCAGGCCACCUCCUAAGGUGCCAGAAAGAUUACCAGCAUGGUAUAGACCUGAUAAGUUUUGUGCUUUUCAUCAAGGGGCCCCGGGUCAUGAUACUGAAUACUGCUAUGCUCUGAAGGCCGCAGUCCAAAAGUUAAUCCGAGAUAGAGAUCUGUCCUUCACCAAUCCGCUGCCAGAUCAUGGUACCUAA